GUUCAGCUGUGGACUCGCCUGAGGCCGAAUCCCUCCAUCGCUGGGGAUAUGUGUACACUUACAAACGCUGGACAUAACCCAGAAAGGAGGUCAGUUUAUUAUUUUUUUAUCCAUGAGUGAACAGUGGCUGUCCAACAGUGUCAGCAAACACAGCUGAUCACUAUGUCAAGUGGAGUUUUAGGCCGUCUGAGCACCCUGACACUCAACAUUAAGCAGGUAGUUGGCCUGCCUCAUCUUUCCCCCUCCCUUCAUUCCUUGCCCUCCCUUCAGGCUACAGUGGAAGUCUCAAACGUGCCCAGCCUGUUCCGUGAGCCCUACAUUCAAUCAGGCUACCGUCCAGUAGGCCAGCCAUGGCACUGCUAUGCACUCAGCCUCUUUCAACGCCACAAUGAGCUGCUGAAUGUCUGGUCACAUCUUCUGGCGGUACCUGCUGUGCUACUACGCUUCUGGCUCUUUGCCGCCACAAGAAGCUUGACUCUAGACGCCUCAUCGCUGCCCCUCUUCCUCUACACCCUUUCGGCUCUGACCUACCUCACCUGUAGCACGCUAGCCCACUUGCUCCAGUCUCACUCAGAGCUAUCCCACUACUCCCUCUUCUUCUUGGAUUAUGUCGGCGUGGCUGUGUAUCAGUAUGGAUCGGCGUUGGCUCAUUAUUUCUACUGCGCUGAGCAGGAGUGGAAGCAGAGCCUGGUGGGGGCACUGUUCCUGCCUGGCGCUGCUCUACUGGGCUGGUUAUCAUGUGCCAGCUGCUGCUUCGCCAAGUUGCACUAUCGCCGUCCAUACCCGCUGCGCAGGAAGAUCUUCCAGAUUGUGCCCACUAGCCUGGCGUACAUGUUGGAUAUCAGCCCUGUGGCACUCCGACUAGCCACGAGACCCUGCCAUGAGCCUGUGCUAGUGCUGCACGCCCUGCAAGUGGCCUUCUUCCUGAUGGCUGCCUUCUUCUUCUCGUGCCCGGUGCCUGAGCGUUUUUUUCCAGGAAAGUGUGAUAUUGUAGGUCACGGGCACCAGAUCUUUCACAUCUUUCUGGUCAUGUGCACCAUGUGCCAAAUGGAGGCUGUUUUUAAGGACUUCUUAGUGCAGAGGAGCUUGGUAGUGCAUGUGCAUGGAGAGUGGAGCCUCUGGCUGGCUGUAGGCUCUUUCUUUGUCCUGGUGCUGUGCAGUAUUCUGACGGCAGCUCGAAUGAGGCAGAGAGUCCAAAGGCAGCUGCAAAAAGAAAGAAUGAAGAGCAAAUGAAAUAAAAUUUGGUUUUAGGGAGUUUACCUCCAGUUCUGGAGGGCUACUAAACUGUGCUGUUCUCUAACACACACCAGAUUCAAUAUACAAAGGACAUCGGUGAACAUUAAUAAUGUUACACCCUUUUUUAAUAAUAGGUAAUAUAUGAAUGAUCAGAACAUGAAGUCCCCUUCUGAGUAUUUUAUGUUAUUGGGAUACUGUGAAAGUUAUGCACAACAAGAGUAAGAAUAUGCCUUGUGACAAUCUGUCAUAGAGAACAGAUCUAUACCAGGCCAUGCUGUAUGUUGUGACCUUAGUGCUAUCUAGUUUGAGAAUGAAUGGGAACCAUAAUGUGUGUUUGCAUAUGUUUCUAAUGCUUACAUGUGUUUGAUUGAAGUAUGGACACAUCAUCACAUUUAACUGUACAAGUACUUGAUAAUGCAAAAAUCAUAGCAAAUCACAACUUUGGGGACAUAACACCACCCUACACAUAUGUGAUUCUUAUAUUAGAUAUUUAUUUAUGGUAUUUGGCAGAGUGAUUUACAAUUAUCUCAAUAAUACAACUGAGCAGUUGAGGGUUAAGGAUCUUGUUCAAGGACCCAGCAUUAGCAGUGCUUGUCAGCACUGUGAUUUGAACUCACAAUCUUCUGAUCAGAAGGCCAACACCUUAACCGCUGAGGUACCACUUCCCUAAAUAGCCCUAAACUGUGGCCACAAAGUUGGAAGUGCAGUAUUGUGCAGCAUGUCUUUAUAUGCUGUAGCAUUACAAUUUCCUUUCACUGGAAAUAAGAGGGCCAAACAUGUUCCAAGGUUGUAGUGGAAAAACUUGAGUGUCUUGAACAGAGCCCUGUCCUCAAUCUGGAACGCUGACUGUACCCCAGACCUCCUCACCCAACAUCAGUGCCUGAUCUCACUAAUUCUCUUCUAGCUGAAUAAUCACAAAUCCCCACAGCCACGCCCCAUAAUCUAGUGGAAAGCUUUCCCAGAAGAGUGGAGGUUAUCAUAACAGUAAAGGGGGAAUGAAUCUGGAAUGGGAUGUUCAACAAACACAUAUGAGUGUGAUGGUCAGAUGUCCACAUACUUUUGACCUCAGAGUGUAUGUAACUUAUCAUUAUUCAGUAACAUUUAUUCAAGGGCAAUUAUGUUAAUUGGACUCACAAUGAGCCAUCAUGUACUGAAAUGUAUUUUAAAACUAAUGUACAAGAGUCCUCAUAAUAAUCAGUUUCAGUUGCUUUUGGUCAGUUUACAAUAAUUUAAAGUAGUUGACUCACAUGUCUCGCAUUAUGUGUUUAUGGGUCUGUGUGUGGCCUAUUUUCUCCUAAUCCUUUUCAGCCUGGGUCCAAUUAAUCACUUAAAAAGAACACAGGAAUCAAGUUAGAUUUGGCUUUAGUGCUAUCGGGAGGAGGAAUGUUUGAACAAAGAAAUGAAUUUUAUUUUGUGAGACUGGUUUUUACCAAAGAGCCUUUCAGAUGCUGGCUCGAGAAAUUACCAGAUCAGAUUUAAUCAGAUUUACCUCAGACCGCAAGAAUGUUCCCCUGUUCUCUGUACAACUGUUAACCGAGGCAGGAAACAUAUCCACCAAAAUAUGUGUACACAGGUUUGGGGUUGGUUGAACAUGACAUGAUUUGUUUGUAAGUUUGUUCUUUAUUUCUAGUUAUAAUGUACUGUAUUUAAUUAAAGAAUUAUUAUUAACUCAGCCAGUUGGUAAAGAUAGAAGACUAUAUGAACUUUUUUUAGUUAUAAUGUACUGUAUUCAGCUGACAGCGUGUUUUCCAUGUGAUGCAGAGUAUUGAUUUUGAAAUAGGUUUUCAAUUCUGCUAAUGGGGUCCUAAUGAAGCUCAAAACCAUCUCCACUGUGAACCCAAGAUGAAACUGUAAACAACACUUAAAUAAAGUAGAUCAUUUCAUGAUAUUAAACAGUGCAUUGUCAUGGCAUGAUGUUGACACAGCAGUAUGAAAAUAA